AUGGAGGUUGCCUUCACAAUGGAAAUGAAUGGUGUCGAAAAGAUUUUUUGUGCACAUGGUGGUUGGGUGACCAUUGCACAUGUUGCACAUUUGACUGGCGAUCCUUCAAUACUGACUCAGAACGUUCCUCAAGUUCUUCAAUAUUUACUCAAACGACAUCCUCGCAUGCGCUCACGUAUUCGGGUCGACGGUCAACUCAUAUCACGUCCAUAUGGUCUUCUUUAUCCUCUAAUAUCAUUCAUCGGCAAACAUCAUUUGAAACAAAGCCUUCGCAAUUCAAGACAACCUCGUAUUCCGGUCAAAUCGAUUCCUCUUACCGACUGUGAACAAACAACAUUUCAUGUUCAACGACACAAAAUUAGAUUUUUGUUUUCAUCAAGUUCUUCUAAUCUCUAUUUGAAUUUACAUGAACAAUGUCGUUUACAUGAAGUUACAUUACAGGGUCCAUUGCUCAGCUGUCUUUUGCUUGCUAUUCAUCAUUAUUUUCCACUUGAUGACAACGAUCAAUUAGAUCCAUUUGAAAUCGAGAUGGAUUUUGAUAUGCGUUCACGUCUUCCACAAUCAUCUCUAACGUCCAUGUCUGUGGGUUUCUUUGUUGGAGCAACCGAUGUUUCUCUCGAUCGAUCAUUAUCAAUUCGUUCUACUCGAUUUUGGUCACUAGCACAUCAAUGUAUGAUGAUAACUCGAAAACAACUAAAUCGAAACGGUGUUCCUCUAUCGAUGAAUAUCUUUUGUGAUAUGAUGCGAGAUGAACAUCUAUUUAAUCAGAUUACUCGACUUUUUCCUAACGGACGCAUGUCGGAAUUUGAUUUUUCGAAUAUUGGUAAAUAUCCAUUUUCAUGUGACUAUAAUCAAGGUCAAAUACAACUACAUGGUAUGCAUGUUAUUAAUAAUGGAAGUAUUUAUCAUUCGUCAUCAACGUUGUAUAUCACGUGUGUCGGUAAUAAUCAGUUAGAUUUUUCCUUAGCACACGAAAUGGAAAGUGAAGAAAAAGCAAAAGAAUUUUUUGACUUUUACAUACAUUUAAUCGAAACAUGUGCCAAUCGACAAUGUUGUCAGACUGAAACAACUCUCGAUCAACUGCUUGCAAUGGUUGGAUAG